GACGGGAGUGGUGUUAAGCAGCAGCGCAGCGCUGUGGCGAUGAGGACACUUUGACCUGGGCGCAUCAGCGUGCAGCGUCGCACACGCGUCGCAGCCAAUCACGACGCGGCCUCGAGCCGGCGACUGCGGCGCUCGUCGUCAGACAGAACAGGGCCGCCGCCGCAUCUGCACCUACGCCCACGCCCACGCCCACACCCGCACAGGUACCAUGGCCGCACUGCGCAUGCCCACGCUGCGGCACCUCGCCCGCCAGGCACCCGCCAGCCCGCGAGCGUGCCAACGCCGCUGGGCGCGCGUGCAGGACGUCCGCUUCCACGCAACCCACGGCGCCCAGGAGCGCAUCCUCGCCAAAUACCGCGACAAGCUCGAGUCUAAGGCGCGCGAGGAGGGGCUGCCUGGCGUCCCGGAGCUCAAGGAAGCCUACAAGGACCGGAUCCAGGAGCUCAGGAAAGAGGCCUCUGUGCCUGGAGCCACCGCACCCUUGGCCGCCAGCGCCGCGCCCUCUCCCCCUCUACAGUCGCCGUCGCCGUCCUCCCGCACAGCAGCAUCCGCCUCAGCUUCGCCCUGGCCCGCACCGCCCCCUCCACCGACCCCGCGGUCCGCUUCGUCGGCCAGCUCGAAGCCGCCGCCUGGCGUCAAGACGCUCGACUCCUUCCUCGCCCUCGACAAGAUCACGUCCCUCCCCGCCAAAGAGAUCCAAGUCCUCUGGCGCCUCCGGCACGCCUCCAACCCGCAAUCCGUCCACUUCUCCCUCCCGUCCGCGACCUUCACUGCGCUCCUCGCGACCGCCCAGCGCCAUCCCUCCUUUGUCUUACCUCUGCCCCGCGAAGUGCCUGCCGAGCAAUUGCCUGAGGCCGACCUCGAUGUUGCGCAAUCGCAGACUGCCGCUGAGCUGCACUACCUCCAGUUCGCGCACCCCCAUGCGAACACAACAACGCUGCUGUUUACGAGCCUGGCCGAAUACAAGCUGAGGGGGGAGUUUGCCUCGCCGCACACCACCAUCACAUUUCACUCGGAGCUCGCACGCUCGCACGACCUGGUACUGGGCCAAGGCACGGUUGUCGAGGGUCGCGGUGUGACCGUGGACGAAGCGCGCUUCCUGCUCAUGUGUAUGCAGAAGUUUUAUGUUGUCAAUGAGGAGGGCACGGCCAGGGGCGAGCUGCUGGACAUGUUCACCCGCGGGGAUGGAGGAUUCAAAGUGGAGCGGUUGCUCGAGGAGGCCGAAAAGAUUGUAUAGUGCAUAACGAACAAGAUUGUAUAUAGACUGGGCGACAGAUGCCGAGCUGUACGAACAGAUUUGUAAAAUAAUAGCGACACCAACACAUACAAUCUUGCUUUCCCCUAGGAGUUGGGCAGACGAGGAGAAGCUUAAUUUGUACAAGCAUGUCGAAUGGCCCUGGGUUGUUUUACAGGCCCGUGGCUGUGACUUCACAUGCUCUGGGUUGUGCCGGGACGUGGUAGUGUCCUUUGUCGUAUCGGAGAUGAAAGUCGUGAUUGCUGGCACUUGAAGACAGUACCCGCCGGUCUCUGGAUUG